UCCUUGAAAGGGUGUGGUCUGCUUCUUUUAAAGUGGCAUUUGAGGUGCAUGGAAGAAAGAGUCAUUAUUUUGAAGACUGACUGGCCAAGAAAAUCCUGUGGUUGGUCUAUACCUUCUGUCUGCAGUCGUAGGGAAGUGUGGUUUUGAUGGUUUCAGCAUCAGAAGAAUCUGGUGCUGUGGGGGGAGGCUGGGCAGGGAGAGUCCCGUCAGCUUGAAUCGUCUGCCUCACAGACAGCUAUGAAUUCAGAAACUCCACAAUAAGCAGAGCAAGAGAGUAGCCAGUGGGCAAUGAAAACAAUUACCAUCUGACUUAGGAUCAAACUUGUGUGCAAAGGACAGUAUGAACACAAAAGAGGUUUUCGUCCUUCUGCUGAAUCUGUGUUUGGCCUUGUGUGUCAAAGAUACUCGAGAGAGUAUCCCUAUGAAGAGCUUGAGCUGCUACAAUGACUACAACUCACAGUUGACCUGCACAUGGUUGGAGCAUUCAGAGGCUCAUGCCCUUGUUGGUAUGAGUCUUUACCAAAGGGAUAACAUUAUGAUGGAGAACAAUGAGAUGUUUUGCGAACGCCAGGCAGAAGAUGAUUUACACGAGGCUCCAGACUCCUAUGUGCACUGGGUUUGUCGCAUCACUACAGACAAUUUUGGAAUAGGGGUAGAUGAUGUUUACAGCUUCAAACCUAACAAGACACUUCAAGCAGAACUAAGUGUCGAUCUUUAUCGAAAUGUUCAGACUCUCCCACCUCAAAACCUCUCUGUCAGCUCGAUGAAAUCAGGAGACUUCUUGCUGACAUGGAAAGUAGCUGAUGGAAACCAAGGGCUGGGCAGUGCACUGGAGUAUGAAGUCACUUACAAGCGGGAGUGGGAGUCCUGGGAGAAAGCUGCCUGGCUCUCGCUCUCUAGCACCACACGUUGCCUCAUCAGCUACAAGGACCUUGUCCCAGGGAGCAGCUACGUUGCCCGUGUGCGAGCCAGGCCAGGGCCAGCCAGUGGCUUCUCUGGGCUGUACAGUGAGUGGAGCACGGAGGCGUCAUGGGAGACCUCUGAAGGAGGCCUUCAGCCCAGGAAUAUUCGCUGCCUCUUCAAUGGUGCAGAUCGUCUGACAUGCAGCUGGGAAGUGAAGAAAGUGAUCACCACCUCUGUCCUCUUUGGCUUGUUCUUCAGGGACACUCCAGCAUCAGUAGAAAAGGAGUGCUCUCCUGUGCAUGAGAAGGCUUUUCCCCAUGUCCCAUAUGUGGUCCAGAGCUGUGAGAUCCCUGUCAGCAACUCCAGCAGUCAGAGCCAGUACCUUGUGUCUGUCCGGGCCAAGACAGAGGAGAAACUGAUUGAAGCCUACAAGAACAUUAAGGUGCUGCCGCCUGCAAAUGUGUCAGUGACAUUGACAGAGGACCAAGAGUAUGAACUGAGGUGGAUAAAAUACGCUUUGCAGUACAAUUUCAUAAAGCAGAGAUACGAAGUCGAGUACUGGAAAACCAACCAAUACGAAAAAACUCUCCAGAAGUUAAAUAUCAGCAAUGAUGAACCUCCCUUCAUCUUCACCCUGCAGAUGCUGGAAUCAGCUACAGAAUAUAGGGGGAAAAUGCGUGCAAGGGUGAAUACGCCUCUGGAUUAUGAGGGGCCUUGGAGUGAAUGGAGUGAGGAGUUCACCUGGAAGACUGAGAAUGUUCUGCCACCAGUGCUUCUUCCAGUGAUGCUCCCAGCUGUCAUCAUCACUUUGCUAAUGGUUGCUUACUGCAGCUACAAGUAUUUCCUCAGGAAGAAGAAAAUGUGGGAUGAAAAGAUUCCAAACCCUAGCAAGAGUCUCCUGAUCCAGAGCUACCUGGGGAAAGUACACUUGGGAAACUGGCCAACCAGCAGCCAACUGGACUUCAACAAAUCCAACCUUUCAGAGAAGACAGAGCAAGCUAGCUUCCUGCAAGUUGAAGACAGUCAGAUGAAGAUUUUGACAGAGUCUCCUGAAGAACUGGCUACAAAGACAGAUGUUUCUCCUGUUGCACUGGACACGCAGAACUCUUACCAUGCUUUAAAAGAGACAGAACAUGCCCCAGUUGUCUGCUCAAGCCAGUUUGCUGGUCAUUCCUUUAUUGUUUCAAGGAGAAACAGUGGUAAUUCAAGUAUUGGUCUCCGGACUUGCUUUGCUUUCAAUGGUCCAUACUUGUACAGCACAGUGAUGUCCUCCCAGCCCAAUAUACAUCAGACCUUGGAAGUGGACCCUGUGGGAGUCCAUGAGAAAUCAGUUUCCCUUCAGUGUGUGGCCCUCCCAAAAGAAGACUGUCCCCAGGUUCCACAGAGGCAAGAACAGCCAGGAGCAGGUCCUCCACAGCCCUUCCUGCUCUCGGAUCAGAAGGAAAAAAUGCAGCACCUCGGUGCAGCCUGUGGGAAAGGCGCAAGUGUGAGAAGAGAAGAGCAGAAAUGCCCAAAGGCUCUUGGCUGUAUGAUGUCCCCUCAGGAAUGCCGCUCGGAGUACAUCACCACUGAGAGCUCAUUACUGCCACCAGCCAGAGACUCUUCCCAGCCGCUGCUUGUCACUGCUGGGCAGUCACCUCAUGACUCCCAGGAGCCCCAGACGCCCAGUGACCGCUCUUGCCAUCGGUUUUCUCCUGGGAAAACUGCUGUCACGGUCUCAAUUUCAGAUCAAGCGCCAAUCUCUUCUGAAUUGCACCCGGAUGCAUUUGGAGACUACCUUACAGUCCCUUUAGGUCCCUGUGGGCAUUCAGAAACCACAAAGAUUUCUUUGCCUGUCUUGCAGAAGGGAAAUGAUCUUCCUAGAAAGUUGCCUUUGUCAGAGGGUGAUUUAGUGGUCUUAAACCCUGAAAGCACUGAGCCAGUUUUCCUUUGCCAGGUUGGUGACUAUUGUUUCCACAGUCUAAAAUCUGGUGUGAAAACAGAUAUUAGUCAAGAAGACCACCAAGUCAUGAAGCUUUCUGAAGGCAAGACAACACGUGGGAAGCCUGUAUCUGACGAUGAAGUCAUUGCCGGCAAGGCAAAGGAUGUAUCAAAAAUGCAGGCUAUUCAGCUCUUCAAGCACCUGAAAUCAGAUGAUUACUUUCCCUGGCAGCAGUCUUUGAGGAUCACAGAAAUCUAUUAAAUAGGUAAAUAUUAAUGAAUACCAAAGCUACAGGUAACUGAAAGAAGUUUUCAUCUGCUAUCUGAUGGAAAUGAACCCUUACACCCUGGAACAAAUGAAUGCCAGUUCUCUUUUCCAGCUUCCAGUCCAAUAUAUUGAAAGACUUGAAAUAACUCAAUAUCCUUCUCAAUGGCCUUCACAGAUUUGGCAUGAAGACAAUCCAAAUAUCAAGCUUUUUGACUUAUCCACAAUGAACAGAUUAGCUUCCUCUUGAUCCCAUGAUGUCCCUGUGAUCACAGUCAUCUUGCAAUAAUACCAGAUUGCCUGAGCCAGGAAAAGCAGAGUUAAUAGCAUGAAACGCUAUCAGAAGAAGACAGGCUUGGAAACCUUGGAAAGAAAUCUUGUAUUCUUAUGAGCAAUCUUGAUAAACUUGUGUAUGUGUGUAAAAUAGAUAUAAGAAUCACCAAGGAGCUUUCAUAUCUCUACCUUUCCACUAUUGGGAUGAGCUAGAUAUUGUCUAAUCACAGAUUCACAGAAUCACAGAAUCUUAAAGGUUGGAAUGGACCUUGAAAGAUCAUCUAGUGCAACCCCCUUGCCAGAGCAGGACCAUUUAGAGUAGGUCUCACAGGAACUCGUCCAGGUGGGUUUGGAAUGUCUCCAGAGAAGGAGACUCAACAACCUAUCUGGGAGCCCAUUCCAGUGGUCUAUAACCCUCACAGUGAAGAAAUUCUUCCUUGUAUUUCUUUGGAAUCUCUUGUGUUCCAGCUUGUACCCAUUGCCCCUUGUCCUGUCAUUGGCUAUCACUGAGAACAGCCUGGCUCCAUCCUCCUGACACUCGCCCUUUACGUAUUUGUAAAUAUUAAUGAGGUCACCCCUCAGUCUCCUCUUCAAGCUGAAGAGCCCCAGCUUCCUCAGCCUUUCAUCAUAAGGAUACAAGGCUCCACUCCCUUCAUGUUCUUUGUGGCCCUGUACUGAACUCUCUCCAGCAGCUACCUGUCCUUGAACUGAGGGGCCCAAAACUGGACACAAUAUUCCAGAUAUGGUCUCAAGAGGGCAGAGAAGGGGAGGAGAACCUCUCUCGACCUACUGCCCACAGCCCUUCUAAUACACCCCAGGAAGCCAUUGGCCGUCUUGCCCAUGAGGGCAUGUUGCUGGGUCAUGGUCAUCCUGCUGUCCAACAAGACCCCCAGGUCCCUUUCCCCUAUACACUGCUCAGACAGUAAUAGAAGAGUAAAUAAACUUGUGACAAAAAUGUUGAAGUCUAGGAAAACUUUCUUAAUGUUAAGCUGCAGUGUGUCACAAUGUAUUCUAAGGGUAAAAAGGAAACAUUACUGAGAUAUGUAAAGCAGGCUGCAGUGAGGCAGAAGGUACAUUAUUGAAAGAAAACUCAAUAAUGUACUCAUGAAGUACAGGAAAAGGAAGGGAGUGAGGCAAAAAAUGACAGGUAAGAAGUGUCAUGAAAAUGCAGAAACCUGUGUUUCCUGGGUUUUUUCUAACUGUUAAAGUAUGAUACUAUUUUCUCUUAGGUUAGUUAGCUGUUUAUGCAUGACAUAAUUAAUCUUAACUAUGUAAUUAAUUCUCAUUUCUUUUUGUUGUUUGGUAUUUGUUUCCUUCCUUCUGAGUAAUAAGCUAUGUUGAGAAAGAGAACUAGUUUUUUCCCAGUUCUGCUGUGAGGAAAGUGGUGCAAGGUAAGCACCUUUGUUAGGAGCUGCGAUUCUGUGAUCAGUUUGGCUUUGGUUUCAGACCUGAGGGUGGGCUUGUAUUCCGAAAUAACCCAUGUUUCUCUUUUCAAAGAGAAAAAUUAUGCUAAUAAAAAUAUUAUUCCUUCCUAGAAAUAUUUCUUUUCAUAUGCUAAAAGCAUUAUGGUUACAAUAACAUUGCCAUUAGCUCAUCUUAUCAGGCCUCCAAAAUUGUAUAUGUUCAGGUACACCACCUGUGGGGUAGGAUGUUUUUUCCUGACUUUGCUAUAUUAUUUGACAGAGAUAAUGAGAAGGAGCUCUGUGUUUGUGUCAGAUGAUUCUUCCUGCUGUGUUAAAGGGACAGUGCUGAUUCAGAAAUUGCAGUGAAAUGCAUUGUUUUUUUUUCAGAAUUUAAGUCCUUAUAACUACCUUUUUAAAUCUGAAAUGUGUGCAAACUCGGUUUGGCAUUCUUGAGAACAAAAGGCAGACAGUUGCAGCCUCUGAUGGAGAAUAUCGAUGAACAAUUUCAGGGAUUUUCGAUAUAGUCCUUUCCUAGUAAAUGGAUUUUUUUGUUAGUCUCUUCUUUGACCUUUUGUAAAUAGCAAAAACAAUUUCUUCCAGGCUAUAUGAUUGUGCUCUAUUUAGGUACGUACUAAAAGAUGCUCAAAUUCAUAUGCAAAUUAGAUAUCUGGAUUCACAUCUUGGAUGUGCUAAGCCUUGAAUUGCUGUGGUUUUAAUAACCGACAAGAAUAGUGAAUGGGAGAACUUUUAUGCAGCUCAGUGGCCUUCAGAUGAAGCCCAUUUGCAUUGUGACCAGUACUAUAAGAGUGAUCUGUUCCUCCUGUCCUCUUCCACUUCACUGCAGAGGUCACUUUUGGAGACAGCAUUUAUGGGUACAAGAACAACUGAUAUGACCCCACAGAGCAGAUGUUUUGGUCUGCAGAUCACUUCAGGAGGCUGGAACUUGCAAAGUAACAUGCCAGUGUCAGGCCAAGAGAGCUGAACAGUGCUUUUCUUUUGCAUCUAUAACUAUAAUUUUUUUAGCACAGAAUGAGUUUCUGCUCUAGAGACUUUUUCAGUAUCCAUCUAAGCACCAUUAUGUAAUGAAUGUUGGGGUCACAGUCCACAGCUCUGCUGUGCCACUGGAAUCCACUUCUUACUGGAAGGGUUAGAGAAUCAAAGCUUCCAUAAGCUUCCAUCUGUUGCUGAUCCUAUUAAUGUUCCUUACUAUUCCACAUGAUGGCCAUCUAUAGUGGAGGUGGUAAAAAGUAUUUUACAAUCCUCUAGUCUGGUGAUUCAAGACUCAGCAGCUGUUCUGAGUCCCAGGUCUUAAACUUCCUGAUCAUUAGCUUGAGCCACAAAGUUACUGUGCAAAAGGAAGCUCCUUCUACUUUCCCCAGUGCUUAGCAGGAGAGGAAUCAUUAUCCUGAUGAUUCAGGAGCCAAUGAUGACAGGCACUUCUCCCUAGGACUCUCUGUGAGAAUGCUUAGUAUUUCCAGCCCCUCAUCUGGUAUAUCUACCUGAGUGAUGACUCACCAGUGUUUCCCAUUGUCCUUGUUUCAGCUGGAAUAGUUAAUUUUCAUCCUAGAAACUUGUACAAGGCUGUGUUUGGGAUUUAGUGUGAGAAUAACUUUGAUAAUGUACUGAUGUUUUAGUUGGUGCUAAGUAGCAUUUAGCUUAAGUGAAGGACUUUUCGGUUUCAGCGAGGAGGUGCACAAGGAGCUGGGAGGGAGCAUAGCCAGGACAGCUGACCCAAACUGGCCACAGGGCUAUUCCAUGCUAUGGACCAUCAUGCCUGGUAUGUUAACUGGGAGGACCUGUCGGGGAGGGGCGGAUCGCUGCUCAGGAAUUGGUCAGUGGGUGGUGAGCAAUUGCAGUGGGCAUCACUUUCCUUGGGUUUUAUUUCACUCCCUUCUUGUAAUAUUCCUUUUCAUUGGUAUUAUUUUAUUUUUGUUGUAGUUAUUAAACUGUUCUUACCUUAA